AUGACGGAUUCGAAGCUCCUCAUCUUUGGGAUGCAUCCUCGAGAGUUCUACAGGCUGAACCAGAGAGACAUCGAGUGGGAAUUGACUCACCGACACUCAAAGGACAUUGAUGACGAGACGCUUCUGGAACUUUAUACGAAGUGGCUUGCCAAGCAGACUCCUUUUCUGGGUCUUACAGAUCACACGGCCUCUUCCAGGGUCAUUCGAGAUGCUUGCGACUACCUCAGCUCUAGGAAGUACGAAAAGCAUCUCGUCCUCAGCGCCUUCAACGAGCACAAGAAAGACUACCUCAGAGACCGACCUCAAGAUAAGCGGACCUUCAACCUUGCCAGACGGGACAUCGAAAUCAACUACAAAUUGCAUGGUGUCCACCACAAGGUGAAGAACUCAUCUGCCCCAAAGGAGGCAGCCCUGGUAACGCGCCUGCCAGAUUCGCCCCAACCUGCUGGACUUUCCACCCAAGCGAGCGAGCCUGUCCCCGAAACUCGGAACUCGGGAAACGUGCAUCCUGACGCUGAAGAUUCCCGUCCCAGUCGUCGAAAGAAGCUCAUUGACCGAUCGCCUGAGACUUCGUCUUUGAACAAGCAGAAGCCUCGUGCUGGCUACCACUGCCCCUCAACGAAGCCUCUCCUUCAUAAGAAAUACGUUUGCCACAUCUGCGGAGAGUACAGAGAUCACCUUAUCCAGGAUUGUCCUCAGAAGAAGGCCAACAGCUCCACUGCUUCACUCAGACAACGGCCUCAGAACACGGCGAUAUCGAGCGAAGACCUGAGACAGAGCUCAUCGAGAAAGCGAAGUCACUCCAGAUCUGCCAGCCAAAGUUCAAGCACCAACGGACCCUACAUAAACGAGGAGCGAGCCCGACUUUUGCAAUCCAGCCCUAGCACCGACCAAGACGAAUCAUCGAACUUCCAAGAAUUCAGUGUAGGUCCUCUUAAGUCUGGGAGCAACUCUCAACCACUCGGACAUCGACUUCGUUCGGACUCUUACCGCCCUAUCGACUUGAACCUUGCGGAUGAUAGUUACCGUCCUGAAAGAUCACGCCAACGCGUUGACACUUAUCGCCCCAACGACACUCGCCAAUCCAUCGAUACAUACCGUCCUGAUCCUUCCAGCCGUCUUGAUAAUACGUUCCGCUCUGAUGAGCAUAGUCAUCUCAAUCUUGCCUAUCGUCCCAAGGAAUCGGAGAGAACUGGUGCCUUGGGCCUGAAGAAAGCCAUAGAGCAGAGUCUAGAGAGAAACUUGGACGAGAAAAAGGCGAACCUUCGAUCCCGGCUGAACAAACGGCGCACUGACGGCAGACUCUCUCCCUGGGACGAUAUCGAAAGACCGGCGAAGAGACAGCGGCAUGAAAACCCCUUUGCUGACGGUCUGCCUUGGGACGACGUUGAGAUGCCUCCCAAAGAGAAACACCAAUCUGCUCCCGUGGUACAAACUAUGCAGAGCCAUGGUCUUGCCAAGAAAGACUUGGACGUCGGCACAGGAACGAAGCAAGCUGGCGCAUCCGAGGAUAUUCCCAUGGACACAGGCGGAGCUAUAGACUCAGCCGAAGGCAUGGAGUCUGAAAGAGUAACUGAUUCGCAGUGGAAGCAAGCCAGCAUUGAGUCGGAUGAAUUUUUCGCGGCGAUGGGAAGAGAGCAUUUCUUCCAAGCGAAGCCAGACGCUUUCGAGGUCAUGGAUGUCACCCAACUGAAUAAUGGAAGUUUGGUUUUGCAGUCUUCUUCUCCGCCGUCCGCGACUUCCCACAACGAAAGUAUCAUACCUAGAAACCUCGGUUUCGAUGAUUACUACGAUGGCAACGACGGUCAUGGCGACAUUUACAUGGGUGGUGCCCCUGAAAAAAUGGACCAAGCCCCAAGCAGCCCCAUUGAGGUGAACCAUGGCUUAUCUCACACGAAGGAGGUCAUUAUCCCUUUACAAACCUUGAAGCCUCUUCAGAGAGGCCCUCCGUACGACCCUCGCGUCUUGGCUCUGUUCCGAAGCAGAAAGCACGAGAACGUUUACGUCAAUAUUGCUCGCCGGCGCACCGCUGUUGAGAUUUAUGAGGCCAGGAAGCUGGAGGAGGAGGAGGAAGAGGAGGAGGAAUUAAUCACCUCGAAGAUGAGUGAGUAG